UGUAGCCCGACAUGGUUAAUCUACGAAAUUCAAAACAUUCAUAUUGCAACAUUCUGUUUCUCAGCUGUAUAUAACAUGUUCUCAUAUGAUUUGUCCCAUUACCUCACUCUCGCUUCGGUGGGCGGGUUUAUAUUGACUAUACCAAGUUAUGCUAUUAUAAUAGAUCUAGAUCGUUCUGUAUAUCCUCAAGAUGUGGAAGUUUAUCAUGCAUCAUUCAUUAGAGGAGGAUUACAUAGAAUAUUCCACGGAAGGACUGAGAUGAUUAGCGCUGUUAAAUACAAAACCUGUUACUAUAAUACAAUGCUACGCAAUAUGACUUCUGUAACUGACGUUUAUGUUCAAGAAUAUAGAAGAGGCAGUGAAAUAUAUAUAGAAACUAAUCGAUGCAUCAAGGGAGUACAAAAACAACUACAUACUACAUUUUGCAAAAUUGUCGCACCUCAUUGUGUACUGUUAACCCGACGCGAUAAAAUGCUCCUGGCUGCCUCCAUUUCCAUUCCUAUAAAUUUAAAUCACCUUUUUCUACAUCCAUUCUUAGUGAGAUCACGUGAGGAGGAAGAAGAUGGUACUAGUAUUAGUUUGGAUUUAGUUAGUAAGAGGGCUUAUAAUAAGAAAUUGAAUGGUUGUAGGAUACUAAGGUUUACAAACCCAAAUAUAUUUAUAUCACCUAUAUAUGGUUUGGAUUCCCAAACAAAUGCCAGUAGUUAUAGUAACCCAAUGCUUAUAUCUCAAAGCGUGAAAAUAUAUCAUGUACUCGGUACAAUGUCGAUCACACUAUGGCUCAAAGGUUUACCAUCGAGUGAGUCAAAAUUUGUGGAGAUACCCCCAAUAUCGGAUGGAAUUUUCCGACCGAGAAAUAUAGUUAGGUUCGCAUUAAAGUUUAACGAAUAUGUAGAUAACUCACGUCCUUCUACAUCUAAUCAUCUGUAUAUUUAUGUUGAUAGUGUUGAAGUCAGUGUACCUGACAUAAUUAUAUUGGCCAAUCUAAAAAGAGGUGACUGGUUAUAUACCCAAUAUAGCAUUUUGGGUUCGCGAUAUCUUGAAUACCCUACCAUCGGUGUAAAGAGUUCACAAACAGGUCAGAUGAUCUACAGUGCUGCCUUCGAUGAAUAUGUAAGAUAUGUUGAAAUCUUUACGCAUGUAUUCAACCAGUGGAAAUUUGUGGUGGUUAGCAUUACGAAGUUCACCAAAGGUGUUCCACAUCGAUUAAAGAAGAUAUAUUUAAGAGAAAGAAGAAAUCGCGUUGACUACUAUAUCGAAUUAUAUGAUAGUUGUGCGAACUCCAGUCUAGAUAUGAUAUAUAACAUCAAAAUCAUAAACCCUACUACCGAUGCAAAUAAUGCUACCCUAGAAUCACAUAAUUAUCUACCUCCUAUAGAAAAAUGUUUAGCCAGUGGCAUUCCGGCAGUCACUAUGCAUUCAAUGGGCACCCAUAUAGAAGGUUCUGUUCGGACAGCGGCAACAACGCAUCUUGUAAUUCCUCAAACGCAAUGCAUGUCACAAUAUGAUUCGUAUGAGACUGGGAUUCAACGUGGUGAUACAAGUUCAACACUAUCACAAGUUGACACUUUCUAUACAUCUGAGUAUACUAAUGAUAACAAUAUCGAAAUAUUCAGACAAGGUAUGACUAUUGGAGCACCUGUUCCAUACACCGCCUACCCGACUAAUUACGCCCAGAGAAAUGAGGAAAUCGAGGUUCCCAUCGAACCAAGGGCCAGCACAGGUUUUACAAAAGUCGACCCCUUGAAUUUAACUGAAACGCUGGCUGAUUAUAACACAGUCGAGUUUACAGAUUCUAUGAUGCCACAAGAAAAAACAUCGGUUGAGAAUUCAUUCAACACUCCAUGCCCAAUUUCACAAGAUAACAUCGAAGAAGUUCCAAUAGAACAAAUAGAUACGUCUGAAACCCAACUAUCAGAGCCAAGCGUAACACAACCGAUAGAACCAGCUUUGCCACUAAUAGAGUCGGACAACAUUAAGCAUCCGUCAGAAUCAGAAGCUAUUGGUAUGCCAGAAUUCACGUUUGAAACAUUAUUAUCUGAAUAUGAACACUCACAAAAUCCAUUCAUUAUACCUUUGACUAAUUUUCGAAUAUAGAUGACUCUAACCAAGCAUCA